AUGGAUGGUAUGGAUUGGCCAAGUUUUCCCACGCGUUUUCUCGAAGAUUCUGCUGAAGACUGGGGAAGGCUGCCAACAGAGGAGGGAGACGGGGAGGGAGAGGAGGCCUUGCUGGCCCAACUUGAGGAGGCGUUUGCCAGCGACCGGGGGGGGGACCAAGACCACGCCAAGGCGCUAGGCACGAUCCAGGCGUUCCUCUCGACUAGACGGGUACGACUUAUUGAAGACCUCCUUGUCCUGAGCGCGUCCUUGGGGGACUCUGGCGGGGGAGAAGGCGGUGGAGGCGCAGAUGCAGCAGCAGCGACAAUUCCACCUCAUCGGGCAGGAGGGGGGCCGCUAUCAAGCGCUGCCGACUUGAGACGAGAGCUCGCGUUCGCCCUCGACAACACACCCAAGCCAUCUCCCGCCACCGGCGGGGCAAGAAACCGCGGGGUGGGGGGUGUUCUGUUGAGUGAUGACGGACCAGCCGCGGUGGCUCUUCGAGCUGCGGCCGGAGUUUCAAGAGAGGCUUUCUUCGCGGAAUGGGCGGAGAGGUUCGGAACCCUUUUGGUUCCGCUUGGGGGUGGCGGUGAGGCUGGAGACGGCGGUGACGGGGGGCGUGCCAGAAAAGACGACAGAGAGAUUCAAGCUGCCAGGGAUGUGGAGCGAGACAUGCUCAUGGUGAACGGCGUGUUGGUGAAGGGAUCGGAAGGGUACCCCGUGGUGGUCGGUAAGGUUAAGCGAGAGCUCGCCCGUCUAGCCGAGCCCGUGGCCGGGGCAGAUACUGCUGUCGUGGGGGCGCCGAUGGCUUCGGCAGGUCCUCCCUCGGGCGGCGCUAGUGGUGGUGGUGGUCGUGGUGCGGUGCAAGCUCGUCAAUCGAUGCCACAGGGAGAACGAACAGGCCUGCCCCUCCGACCACCCCGCCAGCUGCAAGACUUUUCGAAGCUAGUUCUCAAGGCCGCGAACAGGUGA